AGCACAAAGAAAUCGUUUGGUGUACACAAGUUCGUGAAACAGAACGCAUUUUUAAAUCUCAACGUCGCUGUAAAAUUAAGAUGAGCGAAGUAGCUCGAAACGAUGAGACUUUUUUGAGAAACAAAAUGAAGCUUCUAGAGAUGACAGAUAGUUACGAACUGAACCUUUAUCAGCACUUGAAAAACUGUAUAAAGCAUAUGCUGUUCCAGCAAAGAUCAGAUGACUUCAGCAACUUUGAAAUCCUAAGUAGUCAUUUAAAAAUGGAAAGCAAACGACAUGGCUUAGGAGACAAAACAAAUUCCAACCCUGCUGCUUUUUCAAUGGCGAAAAUCCAACAAAAGUUGUUUACAAAAAGUGCUGAAGAGGACGAAGAGCCUGUUGCAGAUGAAGAUGAAGAGCACCCCCUGCCAAAUAUUGUGGAAAAUUCCUUCUAUUUUGAGAAUGCAGGUAUUGGCAUCGGACGGAUUGAGUCUAUUUCCUUGAAUAUGGCUAUCAAAGGGCUUGUGAAUACACAGUCUGUUCAGAGUGCACGAUUUUGGGGAAAAAUUUACGGGACAAUUCAGAACUACUACAUAGUAGAGGUGGAGUUUCCUGAGGGUGAGGACGUUGAUGAGGAAGAAGGUACCGAUUCACUAAAUCGAGAAAUAACUGAAGCGGAGGAUGAUGAGGGACUUGAAGAAGGGAAAGACGUCCUGCCGAAAUCCAAGUGGAAACCACCCAUCAAAGUACCUCGAGAAGAGAAUCAUGUUGGAACUAAUAAGAAGGUUUAUUUUGUUUGCCAUGAGCCAGGUUUGCGAUGGAUAAAACUGCCACCAGUUACACCUGAACAAAUAGUAGCCGCUCGAUCAAUUCGCCGCCUAUUCACUGGUAUAUUGGAUGCUCUAGUUUCCUGCUACCCACCUUUUCCUGGUACUGAAGCUAAUUAUUUACGUGCUCAGAUAGCUCGAAUUAGUGCAUCGACACAAAUCUCUCCGGCAGGUUUUUACAGUUUUGGCAGUAACGAGGAAGAAGAAGAGGAACUUGAGAACGAAGAGGAAGGUGGCAGACAAAACUACGUUAAGAAUGAAGAAUAUGAACCCCUUAGUAUAAAUGAGCUAGCUGAUCCUAGUCUUGAACACUGGGUUCAUCAUACAUCUUAUAUUCUACCACAAGGACGAGUUUACUGGUGGAAUCCAAAGAAAGGUCUUGAUGAUGAUUUCGACGAAUUUAAUGAUGAAGAGGAGGGGGAAAAUGAAGAAGACGGUGGUAAAUCGAAGAACGCCGUACAGCCAGAACAUGGACCACCGAUACUUACACCAAUUUCAUCCGACUUGUCAAUAUUUGGACAAAAGCCUUGGUCUAUUAAUAUAAGUUCCAAGUUAAUACCAGAAUAUGCAUCUGUUAUAGUAUCGUCUAAUCUUUGGAUUGGGGCACAUGCAGUUUCGUGGGGGAAACGGUUUGAAAAUAUUUAUAUUGGAUGGGGUAUCAAAUCAGUCACUUCAGGUUUUCAACCCCAGCUACAACCGAUUGAAAUGAACGAAUAUCAGGAACUAUCUGAUAUGAAUGAAGCAACAGAUCCAACACCAGAAGAAGAAGCCGCUUUAAGAGCCUUACUCAAUCCACCGGAAGCUGAAGACGAAGAUGAUGAGAAAGAGGAACAACAAGAAGAGGCCGAGGAUGACUGAUGUAUUAUUCUCUGUUAUUGUCAGAUCGUUUACAAUGCUUUGACUAAACAGGAAGUAUUAGGUUGUCAAAUUGUUCAGAUUUUGAAAGCAAACUUACGAAUUUGAUAACAACGUUUGAUCAUUUAAAAUAUUUUAACUUCACCUGAGGU